AACAACAACAAAGUCUCGACACUUGCAAAUUGAAAUUUUUUUAUUCCGGAUAAGUUAUUCAAGUUACGAGAAAUCAUUCUUUUAAAAUUCUCUAAUAAGUAUUCGUUAUGUUUGGAGACUUAUUCGCUGAAGAAGAUGACGAAGAAUCUGCCAUCACAGUUACAAAUGGGAAGCAAAAUCUUUGUCAUUCGUCGAGUAAGGCAAAAGAAGUUGUACAAGAACCUCCUGGUCUUCGUGGUCCCACCGGACUCUGUGGCCUUAUCAAUCAAGGAGGGACAUGUUAUCUAAAUUCUUUAAUCCAGACGUUGUUUUUUACACCCGAAUUUAGAGACUGCCUCUUUCAGCUUAGAGCCCAAGACCUUGGUGAGCUGUCAGAAGAGAUUUCUGAAAAUUCCAAACGCAAGCAGGUCAGGGUUAUUCCUCUGGAACUACAGCACUUGUUUGCACAAUUGUUAUUGUCAAAUCAGAAGAGUGUUAGUACUUCAGAUCUGACAGAAAGCUUUGGAUGGACAGGAAACCAGGGGUUUCAACAACAUGAUGUUCAAGAGCUCAACAGGAUUCUCUUCAGUGCAAUUGAGUCAUCUCUUGUUGGUACACCAGGGCAGGACUUGAUAAGAAAUCUUUACCAUGGAACUUCUGUCUCAAAGAUCACAUGUCAAGAUUGUGGAAAAGUUAGUGAAAGAGAGGAGGACUUUCUGGACUUGCAAAUGGUCCUGACAGGCUGCACUAGUCUCAAUCAGAGUCUUGAGAUGUUUUAUGUUAUGCCUGAGUUAAUGGAGGGAAGCAAUCAAUACAUGUGUGAUGAAUGUAAUAAAUUGGUCAAUGCUACAAGGGGAGCUAAGCUUCGAAGCCUACCAUCUAUCUUGACAUUUUCCUUGGUGCGGUUCACCUAUGACUUACAGGCAUUUGAACGUUAUAAAGAGACCCAGCGUUAUACCUUUCCACUUGAGCUUGACAUGAGGAUGUACUGUGAAGUACAGAGAGAUGAUGAUGUGUAUGAACUCUUCUCAGUAGUGAUCCACAAAGGUAGCUGCUAUGGUGGCCAUUACCAUGCCUAUAUUCAUGAUAUAGAACAUCUCGGCAUAUGGACCACUCCUGAUAAUCAAUCUACUGUAGCAGCAAAAAAGGAGGAUGUAGGGAUAAAUGUCAAUGAUUACCCUGAUCCAGUACAGCUCAUCCAAGUCCUUGUAACAAAGCUUGGUGGUAGAACAUCUGUUUCUGAUCUUUGCCAGUACAUGGCUAAAGAAAUAGGUGUCUCGUGGAACCAGAAGUACAAAAAGCAGUAUGGUCCAAUGACUAAGUUUAUCAAGAAACGUGCUGAUGCAUUCGAGAUUGUGGAUGGGACAAUAGUAACCUUGAAAUCCAUAGAAAGCGUGGACAAGGACAGCAGACACAGUAACAAUCAACCUAAUGAACCUCUCUGUAGUGAAGAGAAAAGCACAUCAGAUCUGAGCAGGAAUUUGGCCGAAUUAUCUGCCUGUGAUAAUACCGUAGAUGAUCUUAAUGAUACUAAAAGUGUCAAUGAAUGUCAAUGGUUUGAUUUGAAUGACUCAAAGAUCUCGUGUAUCUCUGACCAAGAUAUCAAGAAACAGUUUGCUGGGAAAGAAAGUGCUUACAUGUUGUUUUAUAGGAGGAAAAAGUUACCGCAAAUUAAAAAAACUAGAGAUUCGUUUAUUUAUUCUUUACCUUCGAAGCUCGUCUCAAAAAUAAAUUCAGAAAAUGCUGAACUUCAACGGCAAAGAGAGGAGUAUGACAUAGAGUUCAAUCGUAUUGCUGUUCUUUUGAAUUUUGUUUGUAACUUCACCGUCAAAGAUGGAGUGAUUGUACCAAAAGAGGGAGUCUUUACCGACCCUGCUYUGUUAACACUUGACAGAAGAAAAACUGUUGCUGAAUUUCUGUCCCAUGUUAAUGAGUUGUACUUCCAUAAGGAUGAUGAUAAUAAGGAUACAGGGUCUUUUGAAUGGAUUGUCCACACUGCUGAACGUCUUCCUGCAGGUCUUCAUCUGUAUCAAGAUAUCACAACUUGCAAAAUGUCAUCAUUAAUGGACCUCCAUGUACACGAUGGCUGUGAACUGUUCAUCUGGAAUGGUAAACAGGUUGAUGGACACAUUGUUCGUACUGGCUCCUCCUGUGAACCUGUUCUCCUGUCAAUAACCUAUCCUGUCAAAGGUGCCAACUCUAUGGAAAUACAAAAACCUUUUCCUAAAGACUCAACACUUGGGGAACUAAAAAUAGCAAUCAGUACCUUGUCAGGAAUCAAACCGUCGAAGCUGAUUCUUAGCAUUAUGAUGUCAUCAAAACGAUCCAAAACAAAAGUGGAAGAAUUGCACUCCUCCCAAGAUGGAAAUACUUUAAAAGAGUUGGAUUUUCGAGAUGGACAACGACUUGUGGUCGAUAAGAAGGAAAAGCAGAAGAAAUCCAGCACACCUCCCUUGUGCCUGGCAAAGACUGAAGCAGAGAAGUAUGAUAAUGAAAUCAACAUUCUUGUGGAAAACCGCUGUAUAAGCAUGUCUCAAGAUUCUGAAUCAGUCCAAGAGGAACGUCCAGCCUGGCCUGUGAUCUCUAUGAAUGUCAACAAGCAUAAGACAAUUUGCGAGCUCAAAAGUCAAAUUGUUGCUUCACUGGAUUUUCAAAUCACUCCAGAUCAAAGUUUUGUUGUUCGAGUAGAUGACCCAGCGUUUGGACUUGGACCGCCAUUGUAUGAUCAUCAACGAAUUGAAAAUGUUCUUGCCSGCAAACACACAGUAGUCAUAGAAACUGGAACACCGAUAACCGAGAAUCAAAUCACAGUUCGUUUCUACUGUACCGCUAGUCAUUCUAGAAUUGAGCAGGAAAUUAUCCUAGAAAAAACCACAACCAUACAGAACUGUCUUCGUCUUAUUGCUGAACAAGCAAACCUGGAAGGUUCGAACUGGCAUUUGUGUAAGACAAAUUGGUACGGAGAUAUAGCAAACRUCAUCGACAAUGAAGAAGGAACUCUCGAAGAUGAACAGAUUAAAAAUGGCGACAUGUUGGUGGUGGAGUCAGGCAGAUUACCACCCAAGGGUUUUAUUCGAUUAUCACUGUGGCUUUUUAAGAAUCCCAAUAUAAACCUACACGAAAGUAAUGGAGUCUUUUCCUGGAUUGCUGCAGGAAUACAAGAUUUGCUUGGAGUGUCAACCACAAGCACUGGAAAAGACCAAAUUGAAGAGUUUGUUCCUUUAGAUGAAAUAGAAAUAUCACAAGAAGGCACUUUAUUGGACCUGAAGGUUAAGAUAAACAACCUUUUACAGAGAGAAAAGUUUGAGGUUUCUACUCCUGAGUGCUUGAGAAUCCAGGAAAUAAAGAACGGCUUCGCAGGAAGAGUGUUACGUAAUAGCAACAAAACUCUAAGAUUCUUAAAACUCAACUCUUCUUCAAAAUUAAGUGUUCAAAUCCUUCCAAAGGAGGAAAAUCACAGUCUUUCAGCGAUCUUACUCAACGUACGAAAAAGAGUUCCCGGGAAGAGACAGUACGAACCACAGCAACAGGUUAUCUUCGAUCCGGAAGAAGGAGCUACACCAUCCUCAUUACGACAGUUCGUUAGUCACAUCUACAAUAUUCCUGUUGAAAGAAUAGUAAUGGCUAAAUACAUUAGACACAAAUAUGACUGGAUAGYUAUCGACGAUACACUUCCUUCCAAGGUGAAAAACAAGAAAAAUAAAGUGAACCUUCGACACUCACCGUAUCAUUUACAGGAUGGUGACAUUUUAGGUGUUAAGGAUGCUUCACAAAAGGCUUCUUCAGAAGACGCUUAUGACUUUAGCACAAGCGAGGAUGACGCUGCAAAAGAACAACUGAGACUAGAGGAGGAAGAAAAGAUACAAAGAAGAAGAGAAGAACGGAGCAAGCGACCAAAGCGAAGACCUGAAGUUGAACUCAAGAUUCACGUCGAGGAUUUUACAAAACGAUGAUGUAUUGUAUGCAAAUAAUGAUAAUUGAAGAUAGUCAAAUGUUUGGUUGGAAACGAGGUUCCCCGCCAUUUCAGAAUAUAUUCUAUUUAUUGGGAAAAUGCACGAGCCACAAUAUAUAGAAAGUGGUUGUACUGUGCCAUGUGGGACAUGAGCAUUAUGGUAAAUCAGCCAUAGCAAAUCUAAAAGUAACUCAAAGUUACGGACUUGGGCUCCUCAUAAUGAAUGCAAAGUCUAGAAAUCUAGAAUCCAUUUGAAAUGUAAUUGAGUCAUUUGGGGGGAGGGGGAGGGGGUAAGAUCAAUACCGUCCAUUUCAUGCAAAAUCAAUCAAUCAACUUUAUUUGGGUGUUGGACUAUUAGCUGGCCUCAAGUAGCCUACUAAUUGGGGACACUAUAAAUAAAUAUUUGAUGAAGCUAAAAACUUCAUUAAGUGUAGCUAUAAAAACUUCAAUUGUAAUCCUAGAUGUACCAGAUGUAAUCUGAUCAUACAUAUUCCUUUUUGGCCUUACUCUAUAGGCUCAGGGUAUAAUCAUGCAGAGGUUUUAUAGGGAUAGUUAUUAGUUGGAAUUAAAGCAUUUCAAUAAUUUAAAAA